AUGUCUCAACAUAACCAGCGUAUUCAACAAAGAAAUCCACCACCCCCACUACAACAACCACGGGAUCAACCCGCACCAAUAUAUUUAAGCAUGGCACAGAGCUUUAUAGAUGGCGUCAAUAACAUUUUUGAUCAAACAACUACGCAAGAUCAAAACGAUACUUUAAGUACCUUAUUUGAAGCCUAUCAGUAUAACACCCAGAGGCUCACUACAUUACCAGAAAGUGCAACUGUAUAUUGCUUUAUUGUAUGUAAUAUGAACUAA